CGCUUCCCUCUGGACCAGUCCUCGGCGGCGCGCACCCCGGCCCGCCCGCUCCCGUGACGCAGCGCAUCCCUGUGCGCAGAGACGCUGGAGUGGAAGCGGCAGGCGCGCUCAUCUCGGUGGGACCGAACGUGUCGAGGACCGAGGAUUGUAAGGGAGAAGAGAAGAUCGUCCGGCUUGCGUCCGUCGAGGAUCCUCAGUCCGCGGGGAACGAUGCUCAGAACGAGUCUCUCCGCGGGCAGCAGGACUUAAAAAGCUGUGCUCCAUCCGCCGGAACACUUUUCUGUUUACUCUCAUCCCAUCGACUCUUUAUCUCCCUGGUAGAGGAGACACGAGAAGAAUCCAGCCAGUCGUGGUGCAGUUUGCUCGCUCUUUGAGUGUUUAACUCCAGUCGGAUGACAGGUCGGGGCAUUCCCUUGGACAAGAUGUGGAAACCCGGGACUACUCUGCUGCUGCCCCUGCUGCUGACGGCGGCGUUGUGGGUGUUUUCAGCGACCGGUGAACUCCAGCAAGAGACGGAGCCGCGGAGACUGCCACCCCCGGGAAAGUUGGAUUUCGGCUAUGUGCCCGCGGGAGUUUACGAGACCCUGGCCCAUUACGAGCCGGGACCGAUAGGGAUUCUGUUCCACCUGGUGCACGCCUUUCUGUACGCGGUGCAGCCCAACGCUUUCCCACACGAUCUUAUUGUGAAACUAGCGAAGGACAAGUUUGGAGCCAUUCAAACGGAGUAUCAAAAGCCAGAGAACAUAGUGCUGACCCUUCAGGCCAUCUACUAUGAGAUAGGCUUCCUAGUAUGUGCAGCGGUGGGCCUGCUGUUUGCUGUUCUGAUGCCGAUUGCCGGGCUCUUCUUCUGCAUGUGCCGCUGCUGUGACAACUGUGGCGGCGAGAUGCACCAGCGUCAGAGGAAGAACGCGGACUGCCGGCGUGGCCUGCUGGGAACGCUGCUCUUCUCCACCUCACUGGUCAUCACGAUCGGAGUGCUGUGUGCAUACGCUGCCAACCAGAACUUGAGCUCUCAGGUGAAGAACAUAAGAAGACUGGUGAACAGCAACAUGAGGGACCUGCACACCUUCGCUAAUGACACACCAAUGCAAAUUGAUUACCUAAUAUCCCAAUACGCAACAGCCAAGAACAAAGUCGUCUAUGACCUAGAUAACAUAGGCCCCUUAUUGGGAGGACGGAUGCAUGAACAGCUGGAUAAAGAAGUCCAUCCUGCCUUGGACCAAGUUCUCAAUAUGGCUGGAGUCAAAAUCGAGAGAGCCAUCAAAGCCAUGCGAGAAACCAAGGAGGCUCUGGAGAAUGUGAGUGUGUCUCUGGAGGUGCUCCAGGAUGGAGCGGGGAAGCUCAACUUCAACCUGAGCCUAGUUCGGAGGAGCAUCAACAGCACACUCAACGACCCCGGCUGUCACGACGAGGAGUCAGACGCCACCACUGCUCAGCUGUGCCGCAACAUCCGCCAGUCACUGAGCCAGCUUCAGAUCAGUGCGAAUUUCACACGGCUCCCUAAUGUGAACGCUCAGAUGGAAAAGAUGAACCAAGUGAUAAAAACGGACCUCAAUGCUAUCGUCCAAAGGGGCUUCUCCUCUCUGAAUGACACGCCGCAUAUGGUGAUUGAACAGACCAGAAGUGUUGUUGAGAGCAUACAGAGCUUGGUGGAUGGCAUUGGAAAUAACAUCAGCAGCUUUUCCAAAGCGUUCCCAGUGCAGAGCUGUCUGUCCAACUUCACCAUCUUCAUUAGCCAUGCCCAUGCUAAGAUUGAAGACUACUACCCUGAAAUUGACCAAAUGGACUUCUACAGGUGGAUUGGCUGUAUUGCUCUUUGCUGCAUGGUUGUUCUGGUUCUGGCCUUCAACUACUUGGGCCUGCUGUGUGGCACGCUGGGUUACGACAAACACGCCUCGCCUACGACACGUGGGUGCAUCUCCAAUACGGGAGGGACGAUGCUGAUGGCUGGCGUUGGAUUUAGCUUCAUCUUCUCCUGGGUGCUGAUGGGAGUGGUGACCGCCAUGUUCCUGGCUGGAGGGAACAUGGAAAGGCUUGUUUGUGAACCAUUUCACACCAAAGAGCUCUUCAAGGUUGUGGACACCCCAUACCUCAUCAACCAAGAGUGGAAGAACUUCAUCCCUGGCUACAUGUACAACGACUCUGAACUGGACCUGACGGCAGAGAGCUUGUACAGUAAUUGCAAGCUGAACAGAGGUAUCUACUCUGCCAUGCGCCUGGACAAAGUCUUCAACAUCUCCUCUUUCCUGAACACUACACUGUUCACUAAGGAUGUGGUCAGUCAGCUGGACAGGGUUAAGAUCGACCUGAGAGGCAUAAUCUUGUUGGAGGCAGAGGGGAAGCAGAACCUCGUGGAUUUUUCUGAAGCUGGUCUGUCAGAAAUCAACUACGCCGACUACCUGGAAGAGGUGAAUAAAGGAGUCACUGUGGUUGAUCUGCUCUCAUUUGCCAGAGAACUGGAGUCCCAGACAGACCUCAUGCCAAGAGGGCCUCUGCAGUCCGCUCUGAAAGGCCACGUUGGCACUCUGCAGCAGAUCCACAGGCAACAGGUCGUCCCCAUGGAGCAAGCCAUGAAAUAUGUUAGAGCAAGGAGCGCUUUGAACCAGAGUAUGAGGUUCCUGGAGAGAACAGCCUCAGACCUUCCGAACAAAGUCUUAGCUGUUAUCGAAGCAAUUGAUGCUGCCCAGUACCUCAUCUCCAAAAACGCUACACAAAUAAUCAACUGGGAAACAAGAAAAUACACAGCGACCAUUGUUGGCUACUUCAGUCAAUAUAUAGAAUGGGUCAAAACAUCUCUGGCCAUGGAGGUUGCACCGUGCAAGCCUUUCAGCAACAUCUUGGACACGGCGGAAAUCAUGACCUGUAGUUUCAUGGUCGACUCUAUGAACACUUUCUGGAUGGGCUUGGGCUGCAGUACUCUCUUCCUGCUCCCCAGCAUCAUCCUAGCAGUGAAAUUAGCCAAGUACUACCGCAGGAUGGACACAGAGGACGUUUACGAUGACUCCUCUGUUUCUGGGACUUGGCAUUUUACUUUGUGAUAACCAUUUCUACUAUUUCCAUUUUCCAUACCUUCAUUUUAUUUGUGUUUUCAUCCCUCUCUGUCAAGCACUUGGCACUUUACAAAGAGACACUGACGCUUUUGUCAAUUUAUAUGUUCUUCUUCAUGCACUUUUUGUUCAUUUUUACACAAAUUUAAACAUCGCUUUUAAUCUGGCCUGAAUAACAGGCAUCUCUCUGGUGCAUUUCUUUUGGUGAAGAUCUCAAUGCCAAUUUUUACGUUGCUGUUUUUUUGUGUGUAUCUUUAUAGCAUUGAGACAAUUCCCAUGAAAACGUAAGACACUUUGCCCGACCACCUCCCUCCUCUUCUCAGCUUCUAUCACCUUGUGCUUUUCUUUGAAUCUUGUACAUACAACUGUUUACUAAAUUCUUGGUGCUGGUUUGCGAUUUUUAAGCUUGGACUUGCUCGUAUGGGUGGAUGGUGUGGCUUCUUGUCGUGUGCUACCUUUCGAAAAGUGCCCCUUACCUUUCAUGAAGGGCUCUUGCAAUCAUUACAAGUCCACCCUUUUUUUUUUUUUUUUUUUUGUAAGUUAAGGUGUAAAUAAAACACAAUGGUUUAUAAUCAAAGAGAAAGCAUUUUUACUCAGCAUGCUCACCUUGUCUCCCACGUCCCAUCCUUCAUCACUCUUUUUGUAUACAACAUUGUGUUUUCAGUAUGGAAAUUGGUAAUAAUGGUUAUCAUAGUGAGCGCUCACAGGGUAUUCCUGAUCCUAUGAUGACAAGGUAAAGUUGAAGCUAAUCCUGUCGCCUGCAUGUGAUGGGGAGGUGGUAGUAAUGUGAAGUGGCCCAACAAGAUGCAUGGCUGCAGGGGAUUUGAUUCAUUGCACACACAAAAACACACAUAGCCUUUCUAUCUCUGGAUGUUUUCAGUUAAGAGAGCCAUGAAAGCAGACAAGUGAUGGUAGCUUUUAUGAUAAAAGAUUUUAAAUUGUCAAAGAAGUCAAGAAAUAAUUAGAUUUUUGGGGCAUUUCUGUUCAUUAAGUAUGGAGGGAAGACAAUCAGUCUGGUUUAGCAUAACGAAGGAAAACGGGGUGUCUGGCUUAGUCUUAGUCUAAAAUGAAAACAAAUUUGCUUCAAACUCCUCUAAAGUUCAUGUAUGCACCUGUAUCAGCGCUGGAGAUACAUGUACCUUUAUUAUUAUGAGGAAUUCAUAUAUAUAUAUAUGUGUGUGUGUGUGUGUGUGUGUGUGUGUGUGUGUGUGUGUGUGUGCUAAGACAACAGUAAGUCUAUAUAGUGCAUUCGUUCAUAUAGUCAUACGUAGCUCUGCAAGCAAAUUUUCAAAAGGAGGUAGAAGUACAAAUGCCGCACUGUCAGUCAAUACUGAUUUACUGAUUUAAGAAUAGAUCCUGCACUGAAAGUAGUCAAAUGUUCAAAUAUUAUUUUUUGGAUAAUGAAUCUCCUGCUUAUUGUCUUGAUAAAUCAAUUCAUCGCUGGAUUUGUAAAAGUUUUCGAUCUUGAGAAAUGCAAAUUUAACAUUAACUUAUAAAGUGACUAAACUUAUCAAAUAAAUAUAAUAUAUAGUCAGAUCAGUAGGUGAUAUAUCUUUUGGUACCAAUUACAAUAUAUGUUCUGGAAAUGUAAUCAAGUGCAAAGUUAAAAUAAAAUUGCUCUUGACUACAUGAUCCAGAGGAUUAACCCCACUCUAUCUAGGCCCCAAAUCUGUCCAUGAGCAUGACUCUGCCUUAGAGAGGUGUAGACUGUAAAUAAGGAUGGAUGGUGGAACAGGUCCUCAAAAGUGAAGCCAAGGCUAGUAGAGCUCCCCCUGGUGUCUGGCUGCAGUAUAGGUCAUAAGCUCCACCUCCUCGAUGUUAGUGGUCGGGACUUUGACCAAACUUAAACACUAAACACUGAUUUUUUCAUGGACAGUUUCCCUCAUUGUACGUGCAUGUUUAUUUGUUUAAUACGUACACGAGUUCAGUGUAUAAUCCAACAUUUCUUUGUAAAUAGUGGAGCUAGUGCAGAGUGUAGUACUAAUUAAACAAAUUUGUGGAUGAGACCUGCAGACGUGUGGGAUGGUCCACGUCGCUCCACUGUGCAGACUCUGGCUUAAAUAGUGGCAUUUUAGCCAAUGCAAGGAAGUGGGGGCGCAUUGUCCAUAUUUAUAUACAGUCUAUGGCCAUAAACCACCAAUCUUAUUUAUAUCUCUGCUUCAUGUACAUAUCCAGAGAGGCUGAUAUCCAUGUUAAGAUACGCUAAUGGUGUCCAGAUUGAAGCUCCAUAAUUAACCCACACAAAAUGAGAAUGGUGUCCAGUUCUAAUUGAAAGAAAGAAACACUGACGACAGGACACAAGAAGUUACUCAUCACUUAAUAAUAAUGAAAUAUACAGCUACCAUUACUUUUCUCUGUCAUGUUGCCAAAUGCUCUGCUCUGUGUUUUUUGGAGAAUCUCAUGUAUUACUAACCUACUGCAUGCCGUGUGUCUGUGUGUGUGUGUGUGCUCGCUGCACGGGCCGUUGAUGUGGAGUGAAAAAAAACCUUCCUGUUUCCUCUCGUUUAGAGUCAGCCAGAGUCCGAUGAAUGUACACCUGAUCAUUUUAUUCAGAGAGAGGCAAGCAUGUCAAGCUUUGGUGUGACGCUGGAAAUGCUGCUCAUUUAAAUUUUUAUUUCCCCCUUAAUCUAACAAAACAUCUAACUGCAUGUUCUGCUAUGUAUUUUUAAGUUGCAUUUGGACGGGGAUAAGUUGGACCAACCAAACCCACUGUAACAGAAACUAUACGCAGAGAGCAAAAUAGCUAAAUUGCUGGUCUUUGCUUCCACAAGUGUCUUUGAAUCUUCUUUUACAUGAGACAUUUCAUUCAAAGAGUGACAUUUUGAGCUUCUAACGCCUUAUUGGGAAGUAGAAAAUAACAUUUAACAAUAUAUAUAUUUUUAAUUAAAUUGCAUCAUCAUGCAAUAUUUUUUUUUUAGGAAACCUAAAAAUCAUUAUCCAAAACUGAAGAGGCAGUAAGUAAUUCAUAUCUAGUUGAUCUAUCUAAUCUAAUCUAACUCCUGAAACACUACUGAACACUUUUACAUGGACACUUGUACUGUUAUACUGUUAUACUGUAUUAUUACCAUGUCAGCACUUGAUCUGAUGGUUUCUCUCUGGUUGGAAUAGCCCGUUCUCUCUGAUCAUGUUGGACCCACGUGGGGUAAACAUCAGGUGACGAGUUUCCAGGAGAGAAAGGAACAUGGAGGUAGCAAAACAAGCAGUUGCUGAAAAGAACUAGAGGCUGAAAUAGAUGCACAGCAACUUGAAAAUGUGGCGAUUGAAAAAAACGUUCUUCUGUUAGAUUUCUGAGAGAUUUGACACUCCACAGCAGGCAAACUGUUCUAUUCUUAAUUGAUGUUUCGGGACAUGUAAACACGUGGACUCACUUGCCAUUUCGUUAGGUACACCAAUAAACAGAAAUGCAUUCUAAUAUAAUAGUCUUGCUAGAUCUUAGCUUCAUGGAGGAUGUGGUGUUCAGCGUUAUUUGAAAAAAACAGAGAUGUUGAUUCAACUUUUCAUGUAAGAGUCUGUGGUGUGUAGAACUGUAUUGUGUUAUACAGACACAUGUUCCUAUUUUCAAUCAAUCAAAUUUUAUUGAUAUAGCACCUUUCAAAACAAAGUGCUUUUUAGAUAACAAUAAAAGAGAUAAAAAGUAACAAAAAUAGAAGAAUAUAAAACUGUAACAUUAAAUCUCAU